AUGGGAGCUAAGAAAAAGGACCCUCGUACACCUGUGAAAGGAAUCUUUCCAAGACUUAAGAACAUUGGUUUAUUACAUUUUAGAGGAAUUUUUGGUUUUCUGAUUCCCCUAGCCCUUAUCUCUUGGCAGCCACAAAAAGGAAGGAAUGAUAUUACUGUGAGAUGUCUCUGGAUAUGGAUGUUUUGGUUUUUCCUGUUGCAACCAGUCAACAUUCCAGUUACUGGUUUCAUACCGAUGUUUUUGCUUCCCAUGACCGGAGUAAUGUCUACAGUGGAUACUUGCAAAUGUUACUUUAACGACAACAUAGCAUUACAUAUAUUAGCUGGAAUGCUGCACCUACUAAUAAAUAGUUGCGGCCUCGACCGUCGUAUUAUACUAUGGUUACUAUGUUCUGGUGAUGCUUGUCAGUUUUCUGGAAAAAGAAUGAUAUUUAAAGCUAGUACUGCAGCCUUUUUUCUUUCUAUGUUUUCAAAUAGACUUAUAAUAACUUCUACUAUCAUACAAUUUCUAACACCGGCAUACAUAAAUUUACAGACUAGUACAUCCAAAAAUAGACAGACAGAACCAGAUUACGACAUUAUGCGAUAUAUUGUUUUGAACGCAGUGCAAACAGCGUCAGCUAUUGGUAGUACAGCCAUCCUGCAUGCGGCAUUAACCGUUAUAACGAUGAGAGCUAUUUGGUCCACACAUCCUGGUUCAAGUUCAGAAUACCCAGAUAUAUUUAAUUAUUUACAAUACACAUGCUUCGCGUUUCCUGUGGCUUUUGCUAUGUUUAUAUUUAAUUUUAUCUACCAUAUGCUGCUAAUCAAUUGGGUAGUUAAGAAACCGAUGAGCGGAAGCACAAUGACACAAAUGAGAAACUUGCUACUGACACACAAAGAUGCUUUACCUCCAACAACUUUGCAUGCAAAGGUUUGCACAUUCUUCUAUUUCGCCUUUCUGGCUGUAUGUUUCUUUCGAUGGAGUAGCUGGCUGAAUAUGGGUUGGUCUUCAUUCAGGACGGUGAUACCGGAAGUACCAUCGAUUAAAGAUGCUACGGUCGCUGCCAUGUUUGUAGUGGCUUUGCAUGUUAUACCUAGAUCUGUAACGUUUUGGAAGUAUAUGACAGCUAGAAAUAGAACUGAGCUCGGGGUUCUGAAGCCGGAGUCGGCAGUUAUGUGGUGGCGCUAUGUCGAUAAAAAUACUAUUUAUGGGUACAUUAUACUAAUAGGUGGCGGUAUAGCGUUGAAUAGUGCAGUACGUGUUAGUACUCUGAAUGAAUUGGUAACAUCAAGUUAUGGAAAGGGUAUAACAAAUUUAAGUUGGAAUGCUUCUAUUUUCAUAGUGUGCUUAAUAUCAGUUUUCCUCGCGAAUAUUAUGUCAGGGGUUGCUGCAUGUUGUAUCUUCUUACCCUUUGUUCUAAACAUGGCUUUAGAAGCAGCAGGUGAAAUAUGGCCUAAAAGAUUGUAUUUAGGCGCAGUUGCUGUGGGUAUUGGGACGUCGAUGGGAUUCACAUCUCCUUUUCUUUACACUCCUGCUUAUUUUUGUCAUUAUACUGGAAAAGUGCCUAUAAAAAAAAUGAUCAAAUAUUCAAUAGGCAGUGCGAUUAUAUGCUGUAUCAUACUAUGGCUAGCAUUAUGUUUUUGGGGUCCAUUCGUAUGGGAUCCUAAUAACCUUGGAGUUACUAGUUAUACGUUAUCCCCUUCAACUGAGUCUGUUGUAACUGAUAAUUCUUGAUUUUAAUUUUAAAACAAUUUUCGUUUCUUUAAUUUAUUGUUCGUAUUAUACUAAUAAUAAAUAUAAAAAU